GGCGCUGUUCCAUCGGAUCCCCGGUACGUAUCUUCUGCUUGAAUCGCAGCUUCGAUCAAAUCAAUCUGACCUGUCAUAGACACGGAACAGGAGCCAAAUUCUGGCACGAUCCAGGCGCUGUGAAGAAUGGCAUAUCGGGCUUCUUCCUCGUCUUCCGAACCGCCGGCAUGUCGUACGGUGGCACGGAGCUCCUAGGCCUGACGGCUGCUGAGUGCAAGAACCCCCAGAAAGCCCUACCUUUGGCGACGAAGAUCGUAUUUGGCCGCAUCUUCUUCUUCUAUAUCAUAUCGCUUCUCUUGCUCGGUUUCGUUGUCCCAUCCAAUGAUCCUGGUUUGGCCUCGACCGGUCACGGUGCCAAGUAUAGCCCUUUCACGCUUGCAGCAGAACUCGCCAACAUCCAGCAUCUCCCAAGCUUCUUCAACGCCCUCAUCGUCUUGGCAAUCAUUUCCAUGGCCAACACUAGCAUCUUCGCUGCCAGCCGAGCCUUCCAAGCUAUCUGCGAAAGGGGCAUGGGCCCUCGGUGGGGAGCCACCGUGAAAUGGGGCGUGCCUGUAUACGCCUUCGCCAUCACGUCCGUUUUUGGUCUCCUUGCCUUCGUCAACCUGGCACCCGGCGGCGGCGCCAUCUUUGACUGGCUAUUGAGCCUUUCGGGAGCUAGCAACUACUACACGUGGGCAUCCAUCUGCGUCAGUCAUAUUCGUUUCCGUAAGGCAUGGGCCGCGCAAGGCAAUGACACCAACCAGCUUCUCUGGAAAAGCCCUUUUGGUGUUUGGGGCGGCUGGGUUGGACUCACCAUUUGCAUCAUAGGGCUCUCUGCAAAUGUCCUGACGGCAAUCUGGCCCGUCGGUGGCCACGAUGAGCAGGCCAUCAUCCGCGACAACAUCGGAACGGUGAUCCCGAUCAUAUUGUAUAUCGGCUACUGGGUUUGGCAGUCGAGAAUCAUGAAGGUGAAGCAGCCUGUACUCGUGCCAUUAGAUGAUAUGGAUGUGCAGACCGGUAUCCGUCUGCUUGACGAUGUCCCUAUCUCGGACGAUACGGGGUUCACUUUAGUCCGUGAUGAGAAGUGAUUUGUGCCGUCGAAGUACAGCUAUAACGCUGAGCUGACUGACCGCAUCGGUCAGGGGAUUGAACGCCGAGAACCAGUCGGGGUCGAAACAAGUGUACCUUAUGUUUCCUUAGUAGUUUAGUAGUUGAAUAGCCACAGUAAUAGUACACAAAGGGCAGUCUCAUUAGGAG